CCUUAGACUCCUUGCGGUGGAUUCGGGGCGCUGGUUGGGAAGGCCGGCCUCCCGGGCCUGCGCCGUCCACCCAUUCUUUUGUUGGUUGAGCCUCUUUUCUGCCAUGAGCCUUAGUGUGGGCUUAGCUUCUUGUCUUGGUUUGCCGAGUGCCAGUUUCUGUUUGUCUGGAGAGAGUAUUAUUGAGAAGGGAAUUUUAUGGGGUACACAUCGAGGCUAUCGAUCAUAGCUCCUGCUUUAAGCUUUCAGGGCGGUUUUUACUCAGUUCUUGCAGAAUUGGGACCCGUGGUGGCCGAAGGGGAAAUGAACUCGCUGGCCCGGAGUUUAUUUUCACCAGGAAGAAAAAUGGCAUCUGUUGCAGUUGAUAUACAACCUAGUGUGGUGACUAGGGUGGCCAGCCUGCCCUUGGUGAGCUCCACAUACGACUUGGUCUCCUCUGCUUAUGUCACUACAAAAGAUCAACAUCCCUACUUGAAGUCUGUGUGUGAGAUGGCAGAGAAGGGCAUGAAGACCAUCACCUCCGUGGCGGUGACAAGUGCUCUGCCCAUCAUCCAGAAGCUAGAGCCACAAAUUGCGGUUGCCAAUACCUACGCCUGCAAGGGGCUGGACAGAAUUGAGGCGAAACUACCUAUUCUGAAUCAGCCAACAGACCAGGUUGUUGCCAAUGCCAAAGGUGCUGUGAUAGGGGCAAAAGAUGCUAUGACAACUACUGUGACAGGGGCCAAGGAUUCUGUCGCCAGCACUAUCACUGGGGUGAUGGACAAGACCAAAGGAGCAGUGACUGACAGUGUGGAGAAGACAAAGUCUGUGGUCAAUGGCAGCAUUAACACAGUCUUGGGAAGUCGAAUGAUGCAGUUGGUGAGCAGUGGCGUAGAAAAUGCCCUCACCAAAUCAGAGCUGCUGGUAGACCAGUACCUCCCUCUCACUGAAGAAGAAUUAGAAAAAGAAGCAAAAAAAGUGGAAGGAUUUGAAAUAGUUCAGAAACCAAGCUAUUAUAUUAGACUGGGGUCUCUGUCUACCAAGCUGCGCUCACGUGCCUACCAGCAGGCCCUCAGCAGAGUUAAAGAAGCUAAGCAAAAAAGCCAGGAGACCAUUUCUCAGCUCCAUUCCACCGUUAACAUGAUUGAAUUUGCCAGGAAGAAUGUGCAUAGUGCGAACCAGAAAAUUCAGGAUGCUCAGGAUAAACUCUCUCUCACCUGGGUGGAGUGGAAAAGGAGCAUUGGCUAUGAUGAUACAGAUGAAUCCCAUUGUGCUGAGCACAUUGAGUCACGUACUCUUGCUAUUGCCCGUAACCUGACUCAGCAGCUCCAGACCACAUGCCACACUCUCCUGUACAACAUCGAAGGGUUACCACAGAACAUCCAAGAUCAGGCCAGCCACUUGGGGGUGAUGGCUGGUGACCUCUACUCGGUGUUCCGCAAUGCUGCCUCCUUUAAGGAAGUGUCUGACAGCCUCCUCACUUCUAGCAAAGGGCAGCUACAGAAAAUGAAGGAUUCUUUAGACGAUAUGAUGGAUUAUCUUGUUAACAACACACCUCUCAACUGGCUGGUAGGUCCCUUUUAUCCUCAGCUGACCGAUUCUCAGAAUCCUCAGGACCAAGUUGCAGAGGAAGACAAGACCUGCCAGGAAGCCCAGUAACCUGAGCACAAAACCCAUUAAGCUUAUCCCCUCCCUGUCAUCAGUGUUGGUGCAGCCAGCUUGACGAUACCUUCUGUUAAGUUAAAAUUAAUCUGCUAGACAGCCCUGAGUUAGUGAAGCAGUGGGCUAGAAAAUAGAUCCUCAAUUGUAAUUUCCAGCUGGAUUAAGAGCUCUAAAGUUUCUGGCAUCAGCAAGGGAGUUUUGUUACUUACUUGGCUGGUAAUAUAGAUUGGUCAGAACUUAGCCAGAAUUAACAAAAAGUUGCAGUGCAUGUGUGGUCUUCUGUUGCGGCUGUUGCUAUUGCAUUGAAUAAAAACACCUUCAUGUGUGUGGUGGUAUGAACUGGUAUUUGCUCUGAACAGGCAUCAUCAUUGGUUCGCUUCCCUUGUUUGCUUGUACAACUUCAGUGUUUUGUUUUUCAUAAAGGAAUAACCCCUUUGAAGUCAAUAAAAUUCACUGCAGAAUAGAUCUGUUUUAUGCUGUGUGUUCCAUGUGCUUUUUGUCUUGCUAUCAUAGAGCUGCCUGACAGGGUUACUAAUGUACAUACAUGAAUUUCAGUUGGCCGUUGGGGAAUUGGACACAUUGAUAACUUUGGAGACUAGUGUAAAAAAUGGAAUGUUUGAUUAUAACAAGUUUUUGACAAGAUGAAAGUUAACUGCCUAUUAAGAAUUGUAUUAGAUACAGUUGUUCCCUUCAUUUGCUCAUUUACUGGACUCUUGAGGGUGGGUUUUUAAGCCAGUAGAGGGAGCCACUCA